AAGAGAGCGCAGGGCCCGCCAGGGUGGGGAGCGGUCCUAAGGUUGGAGCCCCGGCCGCUAUAUAAAGCGUGGCUACGCCUUCAACAGACGUUCAGUUCACUCUUUUGUGCACUUUAACUGACUCCUCACCUAGGAACGUGCGAUGUUGCGGUUGGUAGUUUUGGUGUGCGCCGCACAGGCGGCCUUUGCUGGUCUCACCAGCCACGUGAGCCCUGCCUCCGUCACCUAUCUGUCAGGCCCUGCACCCAUUGGCCUGCGCGCCGGCCCCGCUACCUACACCUACAGCCCUAGUGCCUACGCCGCCCCUGCCGCAUACGCUGCACAUGCCACCUUCGCAGCUCCCGCAACAUACGCCGCUCCUGUGGCUCAAUACACUCCUUCGUACCUUAAGGCCGUGCAACACGUGCACCACGUGCCCGCUGUCACCAACGUGCCCAUCAAGACUUACCACCACACCCCCGCCUUGCUCCAAAAGACCGUGGAUGUCGCCAGGCCCGCCGUGCAGACCCGUAAAUUCGAGUUGCGUCGCCCUGCCAUCCAGAAGCAGUUCUACGACAUCGAAGAGCGCGUCAUCGUCCGCCCUGCCGGAUCCGCCCUUGUUGAGCUUGACGAGCCCAUCUCCAAGACCCAGAAGGGAGCUGCCGUGAUCUCCCCUCUGGCCACCGUGCCCGUGCACACCGUCCCCACCUACGCCCACUACCCCGUCGCUGGCUACCCCACCUACACCCCCGUCGCCUCCCCCGCUUACCCUGCCUACCCCAGCGCCGAGCAGCAGCAGCCUGCCUACCCCAACGCCGAGCAGCAGCAGCCUUCCUACCCCAACGCCGAGCAGCAACAGCCUGAAUACCCCAGCGCCGAGCAACAGCAGCCUACCUACCCCAGCGCCGAGCAGCAGCAGCCUUCCGCCCCCGAGGCCCCCGUUGAGGACGGCUCCAACAGCUUCUCGCAACAGCAGCAGGGCAUCUCCAGCUUCGCUCCCCAGCAGGACCGCGAAUCCAUCUCCAUCGAGAACCCUGAGUUCGGAGCCCGUUCCGCCGCCGUCCCCGAGCCCGCCAACCCCGAGUCCACCCCAGUGACCUCAACGACCGCAGCCCCCGCCCCUGCCGAGAGCGACAACAACCGCAACCUGUACGAGGCCCAGAUCCGCUCCAUGUUCGAAGCCCGUCGCGCCCAGUUCGAGGCCGAGCAGCACGCCGAGGCCAUGCAGCGCGCCUUCCUUGAGCAGCAGCAGAACACCCUUCAGCGCCAGCAGUACGAACAGGCUCAGCUGCAGGCCCGCUCCCAGCUGAUCACCGACGCUCCCGUCUCCUCCACCACCGAGGCCGCCGCCCCCGCCGCCACCGAGCCCACCCCUGCCGCAACUGACGCCCCCGUGACCACCGAAGCCGCCACCGAGGCCGCUCCCGCCAGCACCGAGGCCGCUCCCUCCAACGAGGAGCCCGCCGUGCAGUCCCGCAGCAACUUCCCCGUCGAAGCCCGCAACAAUUUCCCCGUCGAGGCUCGCAACAACUUCCUCGGCACUCAGGAGGCCCAGAUCCAGCAGACCGAGUCCCUUCUGCGCGAGCAGGUGCAGCCCGAGGCCCGCUCCGUGGUGCCCUCCGUCCGCCUCAACCCUGAGAUCAACCAGGCCAACCAGCAGCGCCUGAUCGAGCUGCUGACCGCCCGCAACGGAGUCGCCGAGGUUCACGGCUACGGCGAGGCUUUCGGCCGCACCAACGGUGCCGUCGGUGACGCCGGAAGCGUACGCGCCCGCGUCCUCUCCGUCACCCCCGCCCCCGAGAACGCCCGCUCCACCGGCGAACGCACCAACACCCGCCGCAUCGUCGUUUCCCGCCCCAUCGAGACUGUGCAGGAGAUCGAGGUCGUCGAGCCCGCCACCAAGAUCCAACGCGUCACCUACCAGCAGCCCACCUACAUCAAGACCGCCCGUCUUGGCGUCGCCAGGGUCGCCACCUCCGUGCCCGUGUACACCAAGUCCCUGCAGGCUCACCCCAUCGCUUACUACUAAGGCUUCACCCAAGCUUUUGUAAUAAGUAACCGCAGCGCCCCUGCCUAGGGUGCUGCUUAUACAUUUUUAGAUGCUUAAUGUGUCGACUGGCAACCAACUUGACGUAAUUUUAAUCGAAGCGUACCGCAACGACCGAUUCUGGUAUUUUUUAAUAAUCACUAGAUAUCAAAUCGUGCUUAUUUAUGAUUCUGGCUAUUUUUUAUUUUUAUACGCAGUUAAUUAGUACCACAAUCGGUUCGUCAGCACCUGAAUGUUUUUAAUAUUAUUUGAACUGUUAGUUCCUUUUUUGUAGCAACUCAGCAGCGGCAGCCAAGUCUUCCUGAACGCCGCCAAGAUCGUUUGUUUUUACUUUUGUCGCCAGUUCACGAAGACUUGCUGCAAAGUAACAGAUCGUGCUCAUAAAAUUACGCAACCUUUGGCUGAUUUAAUCAGCACGAUCGAAUAUAAUACUGUAUAUAUUAUAUGCUCAUCGCCUGGUCUAGAUUAAAAUUUGGCCACUUUUUGUUUUAAAAAGUUGCCAAAUUUUACACCGAUGGCCAAGAGAAACAUGUCACUACACCAUUGUCCUUUUAAUUAUGCGUCUCUGUCCUGUCUCCUUUCAACUCUUCGUUAUCAUCCUCCUUUCCACUGAAGUGUUCUUGCCACAACUUUGUACAUGUACAGACUUUUCCUUGUGAGAAUAAAUUAUCACCUUUACAUUAAA